AUGAAGUGGUGUAUAGUGCUCAUAUUGUUUUGCGGAGUUAGUUCAUUGGACGCAAGACGCUUCCGCUGCGACUACAAAUACUUCGCAAAUGCUGAAGGUUACCUAAAGUUGCACAGGAUCCCGGCCACAUGGAGGGACGCGAGGCUCAGGUGUCAACUAGAAGGUGCAAUAAUCGCCUCUCCCCUCAAUGCCAACUUAAGAUCGGCGAUGGUGUCCAUGAUGGACGUGACUCCAAAACUCAAGUGUGGCGUGUUUCUGGGCAUACACGCUAUCUUCUCCAAGGGAGACUUUUUCUCGGCUGAAGGUGUACCCCUCUCCCGUAUCCCUCACAACUGGACCGAAGGCGAGCCCGACAACUUUAACAACUCCGAGAGCUGUCUCCUAAUGACACAGGAUGGAGAAUUCGCCGAUGUCAAUUGCGGAGACACGUACCCUUACUUCUGCUUCAAGAAAUCAACUCCAUCGUUGGUAAUGAACGGAUGCGGCACCACGGAUCCUGAAUAUCAACUGGACACACGCACUGGCAGUUGCUACAAGUUCCACACCACUCCACGCGUCUGGACGAGGGCCUACAUGGCGUGCGCUGCCGAAGGGGGACACCUGGCAAUCAUCAACAGCGAAACGGAAGCGCAGGUCGCAAAGGAGAUAUUCGCAAAAUACCCAGGCGGAAAGAUGCUCGGCCAUUUCUGGAAGGAUGUCGCGUUCAUCGGUUUCCACGACUGGGGAGAACACUCAGACUGGAUCACUCUUGACGGUAAAACGCUAACCGAGGCCGGUUACAAUAAGUUCUCCGGCGGAGAGCCCAACAACGCCACGACGGGCGAGUACUGCGGGGCGAUGUACCGGAACGGCAUGUUCGACGACCUCUGGUGCGAGAACGGCUACGCGUUUCUCUGCGAAAAGGACCCGGGAAGCUUGGCGUGCGACGAGGACAACGAUCUAUAUUGA